UCUCCUGCAGCUCUCUGCCUCCUGCCCUCGAGGUUGAGCCAGGCUUCAUUUUUGUGGCGGUUCCGGUCAGGGCUCUCAGUUAUCACUCAGUGAUGUCGGAAGAAGCAAAACAGACCUCCGCGCCUGCCCCCGCGUCCACGAUGGACGCCAAGUCCGAUUCCACUGCCUCACCACCUCCAGCUCAGGGGGUUUCUUCAGUGUCUCCCCCCGUAUCCACCAUAACGCAGUCUGCACCACCCGCAACUGAGGAUGAGGAGAGCGAAGAUGAAUCAGAGAUUCUGGAGGAAAGCCCCUGUGGGCGCUGGCAGAAACGGAGAGAAGAGGUAAACCAGCGUAAUGUACCAGGUAUCGACAAUGCUUACCUUGCCAUGGACACAGAGGAAGGCGUGGAGGUGGUGUGGAAUGAGGUCAUGUUUUCUGAGCGGAAGAACUAUAAAGUACAGGAGGAAAAGGUGAAGACAGUGUUUGAUAACCUCAUCCAGCUGGAACAUUUGAAUAUAGUGAAGUUUCACAAGUACUGGGCAGAUGUGAAAGAGAACAGAGCCAGGGUUAUUUUUAUAACAGAAUACAUGUCCUCUGGGAGUCUUAAGCAGUUUCUAAAAAAGACUAAGAAGAAUCACAAGACCAUGAAUGAGAAGGCAUGGAAACGUUGGUGCACUCAGAUAUUAUCUGCCUUAAGUUAUCUGCAUUCAUGUGAACCUCCAAUUAUCCACGGGAACUUGACCUGUGACACCAUCUUCAUUCAGCACAAUGGACUUAUUAAAAUCGGCUCAGUGGCCCCAGACACCAUUAAUAACCAUGUCAAAACUUGUCGGGAGGAACAGAAGAGUUUGCACUUCUUUGCUCCUGAGUAUGGAGGUAAAACAUGCUGAACUAAAUAACUGUGGGACACUUUACAUUUAAUUGAAGUGGACGAACUUGUAUGUUGUAAUAUAUCAUGUGUCAUAUAUCCUAUUAUUUAUUGUAAAGAACCGUUAUUAUAUUGUUUUUCGGUAGUUUAAUGAUCAUGUUGUUCUAAACCUAUAUAAAAUCACUUUCCUUUUGGGUUCCAUGAGAGAAAUGUUGAGCAGAAUGUUAGUAAGUGGAAGCAUAUGCCUUUUUCACGCUGCUGGGUUUUCGAAGCAUUCUAAAGCACAAUUUUAAACCCGGGAUGUUUCUCUCCGAACAGUGUUUAAAGUUUUGUUUAUAAUAAUAAUAAAGCACUGCUAUGAAAACGCCAAAACAGUAGAAAGGCAAUUAACUCCAGAAACAUACUGGGUUUAAAAGUGUGCUUUAGGGCGUUUUCACACAUAAGGGUUUGUUUCGAAACCUGGUGCGUUUUCUCUCUUGGUUCGAUUCGUUUACGCAUAUGUGAACACGGCAAUCGCGCUAGGAUCCGCCCUAAAACAAUCGCUCCGAGACCGCCUGAACAAGGUGGUCUCGACCCGAUUGCAAACGAACUCUGGAGCGGUUCGGUAGACGUGUGAAAGCCAUCCGACCCAACGGACCAACGAACCAGACUGUAUCACAAUGUAUGAUGGGUAAUUAUGUAAAGUUGCGUGACGCGAAAGGGAUUGUUU